AUGCCCAUAGAAUGCAAAGAGAGGCCGGCUUUUUGGGAACUGUUUCAGACGCGAUGCAACCAAGCAGAUUUGGGACCAAUAAGCCUUAAUUGGUUUGAAGAACUUUCGUUAGAAGCUCCACCAUAUAAUUCUGAAGUUACCUUCUCUAUAGAGGAAUCUGAAUAUAAAACCAACAGUUAUGAACCUAGCCUAUUUAAAACACCACAAAGGAAACCUUAUCAAUUUGCUUCAACCCCACUAAUACUCAAGGAGCAAGGCCUGAAUCUGCCACCCUACCAAUCUCCUUUGAAAGAAACAAAUAAAUAUAGGUUACUCUCAGGAAAAGAUAAUAAACAUAAAAAUAAUUGCACUAUGAAGGCUAAGAUGGACCGAACAAAUGAAGUUAUUAGUCCACCUCCAAAUACUUGUCUUAGUGAAAGUCCUAUUGGCCUUCAGUAUACACAUAUUACACCACAAAGAGAAAAGUCAGUAAUUUGUGGAAGUUUAUUUCAUACACCAAAACUUAUAAAGGGUCAGACACCAAAACGUAUUUCUGAAAGUCUGGGAGCUGAAGUGGAUCCUGAUAUGUCUUGGUCAAGUUCUUUAGCCACUCCACCAACACUGAGUUCUACUGUACUCAUAGUUAAAAACGAGGAAUCACAUACAACUGUAUUUCCUGGUGAUGCUGCUGCUGUUUUGAAAAGCUAUAUUUCUAACCAGGAUGAAAGUUUGAGGAAAAAUGAUAAGGUUCUCUCUUCUGGGCAAGUAAAUGAGAACAAAGAUCAAAAAAAGGCUACAAGUCAUGGAGUGGGGAAAAUACUGAAUAAUUCAUUUGGUCAAGUAAAUAACUACAAAGGCCAAUUUGAAAAAUCAAUGCCAGAUGUUGUAAAAGAUGAAAUGCAUGAAACAAUUUCAGAUAUUUCUGAAGAAGAUAGCUUUUCAUUAUAUGUCCCAAAGUACAAAACAAGAAAGGUACAAAAAGUGAAAAUUGGCAAGAGUAGGAAAAAUAUUUUUGCUGAAACUAACAUGAGUGAAUAUGUAGAAGCUAAACAACAAAUAGAAAAAAAUAAGCAUUUAUUUGUAUCUGAAGUGGAACCAAAUGACAAUAAUCCUUUAGAUACAAAAGUAACAAUUCAGAAAACCUCUGGGAAUGGAAGUGACAGAAUGUCCAAAGAAACUGUAUUAUCUUCAGACUCUCAAAAGACUCAGCUAACUCUCCUUUCAUGUGGGCAAAAUAAUUCAGUAAAAGAUCUCAUAGAUACAGAGAAAGAAUGUACAAGUUUUAUUACUGUAGAAAAUUUAUUGCCAGAAAUUUCAAAUAUGUCAAAAGCAGAAAUGAUAGUACAUGAAGAUACAGUGGUGAAUAAGAGGGCUGUAGGGUAUUCUCUUACAUCUCAUGAAGACUCCAUUUCUGUGAUAAAGCCAACAAUUUAUGAAACUUCUCUUGUAGAGACUCCACAGGAGGGCAUCAAAAAGUCUAUAUUCGGGAUAAGAGAAUCUGCUGAAGAAACUUUAAGUUGCAUUUUUUCAAACAAUGUGACUGACCCAAACUUUAAAGAAAAAAACAAAGGUUCUGAAAGAGAAAUAGAAAUAAAUACUACUUGCUUACAGGAAGAGGAAUCUUUAUGUUCAUCAGUUGAUAAUGGAAGCCAGCCAGCUAAUAUCAGACAUACUUCUGCAGCUUUGAAAAGUGCAGGUUUAAUAUCUACUUUGAAAAAGAAAAAAAGGAAGUUCAUUUAUAUUGUAAAUGAUGAAAAAACUGAUCAAGCAGAAAAACUUCUAAAAGGCCAAGCAUCCCAAUUAUCAGCCCAGUUUGGAGCAAAUACUUUUCAAGCACCUCUUGAAGAUACAAACACUGAUUCAGAUUUAUUACAUUCCUCUGUCCAAAAAACCUCUGAAGAAACAGCUUUUUCUUUAACUAGUUCUUAUGGGAUAAAUCUGAGAAAAAGUUCCAAUAGUGAAAGUUCUUCUAAAAAUAAAAUACUACCUCAAGAUCUUGAUUAUAAGGAAGCAAAAACUAGUAAGGAAAAAGUGCAAACAUGUAUAACAACAGAAGCUCUUCAUUUGUCAAGCUUGCAAGAACAACAUUGUACGGAAAGCUCAAAAAAUCUUAGAGUUUCAGAUACAAAGGAAGAAAUCUUGCCUACAUCAUAUCACCCUGAAGCAUCAUAUUCAGAAGAGGAUUGUAGCAGUACUCUCUUUCCAUCCCAUGAAAGCUUUUUAUAUAACUGUGGUCACACCAGCAUUGUAACAACUAAUUUCAAGUCUAUUCCAUCAGAAGCAGGCAUGAUUUCUAAAGUGAAAAAAUCAUAUAAAGUGCCAAAGAAAUUAAAAUCCAAGAAUUGUGAAACUGGUCUUGAAUUAACCAACAGUAUUCCUAUGGAAAUGAAUCAAUUAAGUGUUUUCAAUGAAAAUACUCAAAAUAAGCUGUUGGCCUCUAAAAUUCACGUACAAGUCAACCAAAAUCCAGAUUUCAUGGUAAUCCUAAAAGACCAAGAAGAAACUUCUUCAAUUUCAAAUAUAACUCUCAACUCAAACUCUGAAGAACUUUUCCCAGAAUAUCCAAAUGACUCUGUGUUUCAAAUAACUAAUGAAAGGAGCAUUCCUGCUUUAGAAAAUAUUGAAGAACCUUAUGAGACAGAUAUCAGUUUUGUAGAAGAAUCCAUUCUCAAGAACUCUACUAUGAUUGCCUGCCCAGAUCUAGAUGACAAGCAAGCUGCCAAUGUAUUAAUAAAAGAAGAUUUUGAUUCAUCAGCUAAAGUCCCAGACCUUAUAGAAAACAGAAAUAGUGUAAAAGGUCAAAUAAAUAGAACUCCAGAUCAAGACUCAAAGUCAGAUAUCUUAUUGAAUAGAGACAUCAAAUCAAAUAGAAUUAAUGAGUAUAUGGACAAACAGGCAGAACCCUCAUCAACUCCAGUUUUAGAUCAAAGUUUUGGAAAUAGUUUUAGAACAGCUUCUGAUAAAGAAAUAAAACUCUCUGAACAUAACAUUAAGAAGAGUAAAAUGCUUUUCAAAGAUAUUGAAGAACAAUAUUCUACUAGUUCUGUUUGUGCUGAAAUUACAAAUACCUUAUGUCUAGAUGUUGAAAAGAAACCAAGCAAACCUCUUGGACUGGAUUCACAGUCAUGUAAUAGUGUGUCAGGAUAUGUGCAGAAUAGUAUAUUUGCUUCCAGCGGUGAAAAUAGUUACACAAUUCCUCCAGUUUUAACUUUAAAGCAGUGUCUUAAUUCAAAUCAUAGCUUAACUUCUAGCCAAAAGGCAGAAAUUAAUGAACUUUCAACUAUAUUAGAAGAAUCAGGAAGUCAAUUUGAAUUUACACAGUUUAGAAAUCCAAACCACAUAGAAAAAAUAAAUUCAUUAGAAACAUCUGAAAAUCAGGUGACUCUCUUGAACAACGCUUGUGAAGAAUGCAAAGGUAGUCAUCUACGUCACUCACUUAAUUCCCCAUCUACCAGUGAAGUAAAUAGCGAGAAAUUUGAAGGUGCAGUUUUGGAUAAGCAAAAGUUUGCUUGCCAGUUGAAAACCAACUGCAACAAAAGGGCUUCUGGCUAUUUAACAGAUGCAAAAGAAGUAGAGUUUGGAGGUUUUUAUUCAGCACUUGGCACAAAAUUGACUGUUUCUAAUGAAGCCCUGCAAAAAGCAAUGAAACUAUUCAGUGGCAUUGAGAAGAUUAGUGAGGAAACAUCUGCAGAACAAGAUUCAGAAAGUUUAUUUUCCAGUAAAUGUGAUGAUUCUAUAGUUUCAUUGUCUAAGACAGAAAAUCAUAGAAGUGAUAAAAAAUUAAAUAAGAAAAACAAAUGCCAACUAGUAUUACAAAAUAAUGUUGAAAUGACUACUGGUAUUUUUAUUGAAGAAAAUGCUAAGGAUUACAAAAGACAAAAAGAAAACAAAGAUAAAUGUAUUGGUGCCAGUGUAAGUAAAUGUGACUUAGGGAAAUCUCAUGGCAAUUAUACAAGUAAAAAUAACACAGGUAACAAUAAAAGUGGCUUUUCAUGUACUGAUCAACAUAAUAAAUAUAUAAAGUUAUCUGGCCCAUUUAUGAAAAAAGGAAUUGUUCAAAUUAAAGAAGGUUUAUCAGAUUUAACUUGUUUAGAAGUAGUGAAAACUGAAGAGCAAUUUCAUGUUAAUACUUUGAGGAAAGACCAGGUAGCUACUAAAAGAAUGGGAUUGAAUAACAAAGAUAUUAACAAUUGUGAUGUAUCAUUUCAGACUGCAAGUGGGAAAAAUAUCAAAGUCUCUAAAGAGUCAUUAAAUAAAGUUCUAAAUUUUUUUGAUGAAGAAUGUACAGAAGAGGAUUUGAAUACUUUACCAGGCUCCUUGAAUUCUAAAUUUUCAGGCAUACAUCUGAAAAAAAGUAGCAUUUCAAGUUAUGAGGAAACAACUCUAAUCGAGGCCAAAAUAUUGAAAGAAAGUGACCCAAUUGGUACUAAAAAUCAAUUGCUGACUCUUCAGGAACUAGCAGAAUGUGAAACUGAAAAGAUCAAAGAGCCUUUCAUGUUGGGUUUCUCUACAGCUAGUGGGAAAAAAGUUAGAGUUACAAAAGAGUCUCUUGAUAAGGUGAAAAAUCUUUUUGAUGAGAAAAAACAAUGUAUUAGUGAAAUCACUUCUACUAACCAAGAAGAAUUAAUGACAUUAAAUGAUAAUGGGUGUAAAGAAGGGCCUGAAAGAGUUUUUGAAAAAGUUGAGAUAACUGCCCCAAAGUGUGAAGAAAUAGAGAAAUUUCAUAAAGAGAAAAAAUGUGUUUCUAAUGAAACUGCCCAGACUGCCUUGAUAUCUAUGAUCUUAAGUGAUAAUAUAUGCUCACAAACUGAAAAUCUCAAAAUACCAAAUAGUAUUUCUCUAAAAGUUAAAGCACAUGAAAAUACAGAGAAGCAAAGAGAAAAUAUGUCUAUAAUUUGUACUACAGACCAAACCACAUGCUCAGUCACUGAAAAAUGGAAUGGAGAAGAAAAACUGGAAGAUCAGCCAGAAGAAAUAAAUGCUGCUAGUGUUACAUAUUUAAAAGAAUGCCCUCAGGAUUGUGUAGGAAGUCCUUUGAAUGAAAAUAGCUCAAACAGUAUCUUUGCUGAAAAUGGUGGAAGUUAUCUCUCAGAGAAACAAGAUUCAGCUUACUUGAGUAAGAGAAGAAUAUCUAAAGGCAGUUCAUAUUAUUCUGAGUCUUGUCACUUUAAUGAGUUAUAUAAUAAAUCAGAAUCUCCCUCAGAAAAUGAAGUUGAUAAUUCUGGUAUUGAGCUAGCAAUGAAGGAUGUCAAAGAUAGGAAAAACACCAGUUUUCCUGCAGUGAUAACCACACUAAGAGAAACAAACACAUACCCACAAACUGUAAAUGAAGAUAUUUAUGUUAAAAACUGGGUUAACUGUUCACCAUGCAAAAAUAAAAAUACAGCCAAUAAAUUGGCCAUUUAUGAUUUGAUUAAUUUUGAGACUGAGACACAUGCAGCAGAUGGUAAAUUUGCUUUUCAUGGUACAGAAGAACAGAGAGAGAGAUUGGCGGACAGCUGUAGUAAGGUAAUUAAGCAAAACUUGGAAAGUAAACCAGGCGCUUGCCAAACAGAAAUUGUUGCAUGUUGUUAUAAAGCAUUAGAUGGCACAGAAGAUACUCUUUUUUCCAACACUUUGGAUGAAGAAUGUAAUAUGCAUUCGCAUAAGGUUUUGACUGACAAUCAAAGUGAACAAACUUUACAGCAUAACCAGAGUAAGUCUGAAUUAGAGAAAGUUUCUGAAAUAUCACACCAGAUUAAUUGGAAAACUACUGAUAUGUGUAAACCUAAUGUGAGAAAUCUUUCCCAGUCAAUCUCUCUUACAAAUGCUUGUGGAAUUUUUAGCACAGCAAGUGGAAAAACUGUACAAGUAUCAGAUGCUUCUUUGCAAGUGGCAAGACAGGUGUUUUCUAAUAUAGAUGAUAAUGCUGAACAGCCUUUUUCUAAAGUAACAGUUAAAACUAAUAACGAGCAUUCAAAAAAGUGCAUAAAAGAGAAGAAUACUAUACAUUCCACUUCAGAAUUACUGCCUGCUUUCUCUGGAUUUAGUACAGCCAGUGGAAAACAAGUUUCGGUUUCUGAGAGUGCCUUACACAAAGUUAAGGGAAUAUUAGAGGAAUUUGAUUUAAUAAGAACUGAAUGUGGUCUUCAGCAAUCAACUCUAUCUAGACAAAAUUCAUCAAAAAUACUACCUUUUCCUCACAUUGAUAAGAGUAUCCCAGGACAGCCAGUAAACACUGAAAUGGAAAAUGCCUAUAGCAAUAAAUUAAAGCAUUCAGAUAAUUAUAGCAUUGCAAAUGUUACAUUAGAAAAUAGUCACUUUACAGUUCCUCCUCAGAAAUUGAUCUCAGGAACCAAAGAGUCAAUUGUUGAGAAAGUUCAUUGUUUUGAAAAAGAAGUUUUACCUGAAAGUACAGAACGUAAAAUUGAUAAAACUGAAACUUUUCCUAGAAAUCUUCCUAUGAAAGUAGAGUUGUGUUCUACCUACUCCAAAAAUUCAGGAAACUGUUUAGAAACAGAAGCAGUAGCAAUUGCUAAAGCUUUCAUGGAAGAUGGUGAGCUGACAGAUUCUGAACUGCUUAGCCAUGCCAAACAUGAAGAAACCAUUUCAUGGAAUUCAAGAAUUGGAAAAAGAAGGGGAGAUGCACUUGUCUCAGUGGGAGAACCUCCAAUCAAAAGAAACUUGUUAAAUGAAUUUGAUAGGGUAAUGGAAAAGCAAGAAAAAUCCUUAAAAGCUUUAAAAAGUACUCCAGAAGGUACAAUGAAAGAUAGAGGAUUGUGUAUGCACCGCAUUUCUUUAGAACCAAUUACCUGUGGACCCAACUGUGCGACUAAGAAACGGCAAGGAAAACAGAGUCCAAAUUUUACUGCACCUGGUCAAGAAUUUAUGUCUAAAUCUCAGUUUUAUGAAUUUAACCUAACAUUGGAAAAGUCUUCAAGCAAAUCAUCACUUUCAGAGAAACCAUUUUAUGAAGUUUCUGCCACAAAAAAUGAAAAUAAAAGACAAUCAGUUACCACCAGCAAACAGAUGAAAGUCUUUGCUCCGCCUUUUAAAACGAAACCACAUGUUCACAGAGAUGAACAGUGUGCUUCCAAAAAUACUACUUUGGAGAAAAAUAGAUACAAACCAGAAAAUAUAGAGGAACAUGACACUGAUGGUAAUGAAAAUAAUUUUAAUGAUAGUGAAAUUCAGUGCUUGGACAAAAAUAAUUUCAGUUUAACAGCAAAAGUUUUCAUUAAGUAUGAGAAAGACCAUAUAGAUUCAGUUGCACAUCUUCAAAAAGCCAGAGAUAUGCAGGAUAUGCGAAUAAAAGAGAAACAAAAGCAAAAUAUUUUCCCACAGCCAGGCAGUCUGUAUCUUGCAAAAACAUCCACUUUGCCUAGAGUCUCUCUGAAAGUCGCAGUAGGAGGUCGAGUUCCUUCUGCAUAUUCCCAUAAAGAGCUGUACAUGUUUGGCAUUUCUAGACAUUGCCUAAAAAUUAAUAGCAAAAACACAGAGUCUUUUCAGUUUCACAUUCAGGAUUAUUUUGGCAAGAAAGAUUUAUGGGCUGGAAAGGGAAUACAGUUGGCUGAUGGUGGAUACCUUGUACCCUCCAAUGAUGAAAAGGCCGGAAAAGAAGAAUUUUAUAGGGCUCUGUGUGACACUCCAGGUGUGGACCCAAAGUUAAUUUCAAGGAUCUGGGUCUAUAAUCACUAUAAAUGGAUAAUAUGGAAACUAGCAGCUCUGGAAUUUACCUUUCCUGAAGAAUUUGCUAAUAGAUGCUUAAAUCCAGAAAGGGUGCUGCUUCAACUAAAAUAUAGGUAUGAUAUGGAAAUUGACAGGAACAGAAGAUCAGCUAUAAAAAAGAUAACAGAAAGAGAUGACACCGCUGCAAAAACACUUGUUCUCUGUGUUUCUGGAAUACUUUCGAGUACAAAUAUACCUGAUACUUCCAACAGUAAAACUAAUAGUGUGGAUACCAAAGCAGUGACCACUAUUGAGCUUACAGAUGGAUGGUAUGCUAUUAAAGCGCAGUUAGAUCCUCCCCUGUUAGCUCUCUUGAAGGAUGGUAGAUUGACUGUGGGUCAAAAGAUAAUUAUUCAUGGAGCAGAAUUGGUGGGUUCUCCUGACGCCUGCACACCUCUAGAAGCCCCAGAAUCUCUUAUGUUAAAGAUUUCUGCUAACAGUACUCGACCUGCUCGAUGGUAUACCAAACUUGGAUUCUUUCCUGAUCCUAGACCGUUUCCUCUUCCACUCUCAUCACUUUUCAGUGAUGGAGGAAAUGUUGGUUGUAUAGAUGUAAUUAUUCAAAGAGUAUAUCCUAUACAGUGGGUGGAGAAGACAUCAUCUGGAUUAUACAUAUUUCGCAAUGAAAGACAAGAAGAAAAGGAAGCAGCAAAACAUACAGAGGCCCAACAAAAGAAAUUAGAAGCUUUAUUUACUAAAAUUCAAACAGAAUUUGAAGAGCAUGAAGAAAAAGCAUCAAAACGGUGCAAACCAUCACAUGCACUAACAAGGCAGCAAAUUCAUGCUUUGCAAGAUGGUGCCGAGCUUUAUGAAGCAGUGAAGAAUGCCCCAGACCCAGUUGACCUUGAGGGUUAUUUCACUGAAGAGCAGUUAAAAGUCUUGAAUAAUCAUAGACAGUCAUUGAAUGACAAGAAGCAAGCACAAAUCCAGUUGGAAUUCAAAAAAGCUAUGGAAUCUACUGAACAAGGGGAACAAAUUUUAUCAAGAGAUGUUAAAACUGUGUGGAAGUUGCGUAUCAUAGGCUUUGAAAGAAAAGAAAAAUGUUCUGUUUUGUUGACUAUCUGGCGUCCAUCAUCAGACUUAUAUUCCCUGUUAACAGAGGGGAAGAGAUACAGAAUCUAUCAGCUUGUAACAUCAAAAUCUAAAAGAACUAAAAUGCAAUUAACAGCAACAAAAAAGACUCAGUAUCAACAACUAGAGGUUUCAGAUGAAAUCCUAUUUCAAUUUUAUCAGCCAAGGGAAUCUGUUCCCUUCAACAAACUAUUGGAUCCAGAUUUUCAGCCACCUUGUUCUGAAGUGGACCUAGUAGGAUUUGUUGUUUCUAUUGUGAAAAAAAUAGGUCUUGCUCCUUUGGUCUAUUUAUCAGAUGAAUGUCAUAAUUUAUUGGCAAUAAAGUUUUGGAUAGAUAUUAAUGAAGACAUAAUUAAACCUCAUGUAUUAAUUGCUGUAAGCAAUCUGCAGUGGCGAACAGAAUCCAAAUCAAGAAUUCCUACUCUAUUUGCUGGAGAUUUUUCCAUGUUUUCUGCCAAUCCAAGAGAAAGACAUUUUCAAGAGACAUUUCAUAAAAUGAAAAAUUCUGUUGAGAAUAUUGAUAUGUUUUGCAAUGAUGCAGAAAACAAGCUCAUGUGUAUGCUUAACACAGAUGAUCCCAAGUGGUCCACCCCAACUAAAGACAAUAUUUCAGAGUCACACAGUGUCCAGCCAGGUCUUGAUACAGGGAAUAAGUUUCAGAUGUCUACUAUCAAUUAUCAGAGUCCUUUAUUACUUUGUAAGACAAAAGGAAAAUCUGUUUGCACACCUGUAUUAGCCCAAGUGACCUCAAAAUUGUGUCAUAAUGAGGAGGAGACUGAUGAUCCAAAAACUUGCAAAAAGAGAAGAGCCUUGGAUUUCUUGAGUAGGCUACCUUUACCUCCACCUGUUAGUCCCAUAUGUACAUUUGUUUCUCCAGCUGCACAGAAGGCAUUUCAACCACCACGACAUUGUGGCAACAAAUAUGAAACACCUUUAAAGAAAAGAGAAUUGAAUUCUCCUCAAUUAACUCCACUUAAAAAGCUUAAUGACAGUUCUCUUGUAGAAAGUGAUUCAAUAGCUGAUGAAGAACUUGCAUUGAUAAAUACUCAAGUCCUUUUGUCUGGUCCAGCUGAAAAUCGCCUUAUACCUACUGAAUCUACUGGGACUGGUCCUUCUCAUUCAAAAAAUUAUCUCAGACUGAAAAGGCAUUAUACUGCACCUGUAGUCAAAGAACAAGAGAAUUCCCAUGAUAGAAUGAAAGAAGAUGACAUG